CGUUGUCAAUUGUCACAUAUUGUUUACUAUUGUUUAUAUAAGUUGGAAAAUAAAUUGCAUGUUAAUUGUAAAUUAUGGAGCCCCAGUGUCAAUUUUACGUAGUAAGAAAAAAGCGUCUUUGCAGAAUGACAGUGCGACCGGGAAAUCAAUAUUGCGGUGAACAUAACCCAUUACCCAAAGAUGAUCUUUGUAAAGAUGACAGUCGCAUCCCGUGUCCAAAUGAUCCAAAGCAUACUUGCUAUGUGAGGCGAUUGCAGAAACAUCUGUCAAUAUGCAAUGCGCGACCUCUGGAUGAUCCAGACUACAUUGUUAGAAAUGUAAACUGUCCACCAGACAGUGGCACCUGCUGGAGGCGACCCCUCACUCAAUACACAAGAAGUCAAAUACAACAUGUAAUUGACAAAAUAAACUGCUUAUACAAAGUUGGAAGGUUACAAAUUUCAGAGCAUGUAGAGGUCAAUAUAGAGAAUGCACCAGAAAUGGCUAUACACAAUGCUGUGCUGGAGGAGUUCACAACAGUAGGACGCACAGAGAGCUCCCUGCGCCAUCUGCGGCAGGCAUCCAGCAUCCUGCACCUGGUGGAGGCAGAGGGGUUGGUGAAGGAGGGAACUUGCUAUGUGGAACUGGGAGCUGGGAAAGGUCAGCUAUCGGUGUUUGCUGCAGAGGCGUGGUGCGGUGAGGGCGAUGGCAGCAGCGUGAUGCUGGUGGAGCGCGCGGCGCUGCGGCACAAGCGAGACAACCGGCUGCGCGCGGGCGCCGCACACCGCCUGCGCGCCGACCUCGCGCACCUCGUGCUGGGCCGCACGCCCGCCGUGCGCGACUCCCGGGCCACCGUUGCACUCGCCAAACAUCUCUGCGGCGUCGCCACUGAUUAUGCCCUGCGGUGCGUGGUGGGCGCCGGGGACGAGACGAGGGCGGCGGGCCUGGUGAUGGCCACCUGCUGCCACCAUCGUUGCGAGCUGUCCGCGUACGUCGGCGAGCUGCAGGAGUUGGGGAUCAGCGACGAGGAGUUCAACAUAAUGUUGGGUGUGGUGUCGUGGGCGACGUGCGGGCACGGCCGCAGCCGGCGGUAUCGCGGGGAGACAGACGUCACGGACACCUCGAAUGAUCUCAACGAUUCUGAAAGUGAUGAGAGUAGCGAAACAGAAGUGAACCAUGAACAACGAGUAACGGAGGAAGAAUCAAAAGAAAGAAAGUGCAGCAAGCCGAGCGCUGGGCUGGCGGUGGGGGGCAGGGCGGAGGUGGGGCGGCGCGCGAAGGCGGUGGUGGACUGGGGGCGGGUGAUGUACUUGCGGCGGCGCGGCUGGCGAGCGCGGCUGUGCCACUUCGUGCCGCGACACGUCUCGUUGGAGAACGUCUGCAUCGUGGCCACCGCUCUCCACUCGGAUGGUGGGACCAAAUAAAAUACUGACUUGCAAAUAUAUUUGUAUAUUUAUAUCAAUAUUAGAAACUAAAACAAAAUUCUAUAUUCUCUAUACAAAUGUUAAAGUAAAUGUUGUAACAAAAUGCUAACUGUUUUUACUUUCCCCUCCCUGUGACCUCGGGCGAGGUGUCAGCAGAGUACGUGACGCGACGCUCAUAGGGAGGCGG